CCGUGCAGAGCCCGACGCAGGGCUCGAACUCACAAAUCAUGAGAUCGUGACCUGAGCCGACGUCAAGGGUCAGAUUCAACCAAUGGAGCCACCCAGGCGCUCCUAUUGUCUUCUUUAACUUUGACACAUACAUAACCCUUGUCCUUUGCCGGGCACUACUCAAACCCCUUUACAUUUAUUAACGCAUACAGCAACGCUUUCCCUGGGCCCUAUUUUACAGAUGGGAAAACUGAGGCACAGAGAGGUUCGUUAACUUACCCAAGGUCACGUAGCUUGUAGGUGGGGUUACCGAAUAGAGACACGGGCACCUAGCUCCAGAGCCUGUGCCGGCUGUCCCACCGCCUCCCCGAGCUGGCAUGGCAGCUCGCGGGGACACGGCUUUUACUUGCUUUGGUCUCUGUUUUACCUCCAGCCCCUUGAAUGCUGUUUGGUGUGCCGUAAGUGCUCAGUAAAUGUUUGCUGAGUGAAUGAUGGUCUCAUGACUGGUCUAUGGGGUAGGCACUCUUAUCUGCCCUUUACAAAUGAGGAAACUGAGUCUCUAGGAGGUUAAGUACCUGUGAGCCCCGGGGCUGGGAUUUGUCCAUGGGUGGUUGACCAGGAGCUUGUGUCUCAUGAGACAACAUAAGCUCCCAGCGUGGCAAGUCCCCUGCUCCCCCCGAUCCUUCCUUGCUGUAACCUCCCCUAGGACCCAGUUCUCAGGGCGCGGGCAGGGCCGGGGAUCUCUAUUUCUGGAUCCUUGGCAUGUAACAUGGCGAGGAUUCCUGGGGUAGGGAACCCAACCGGAGGGGCGGCCGGGGCAGCUCCUCUCUGCUGAGUCAACAGCAGGUGUCUGUAUCUGUGUGUGGAAUGUGCCACAUCUGGCUGGGCUGGAUAUACAGCCUGGCUGCCCGUUCAGCCUCUUGGGGCGCCAGAGUGAACUUGUCAGGCCUGCCGAAGGAGCCGGAAGCUGUGUCCUGCCUGCCCCCUGCCUGGCUCUCCAGACCUCAAUCCUCCCCUCUUCCCGGGGACAGGGAGUCUUCGAGGGUAGGACCCCAGGCCCUCGGCUCCCACCAUGGUGCCUGAUUCGCAGAAAGCCCCUCUAAAGUCCAUCCACGGGAACUCCGUGAGAGCUCGAAUGCCUGCCAAAUCCUCCAAGAUGUAUGGCACGCUUCGGAAGGGGUCUGUCUGCCCGGACCCCAAGCCACAGCAGGUGAAGAAGAUCUUCGAAGCACUCAAGAGAGGCCUCAAGGAGUAUCUGUGCACCCAGCAGGCCGAGCUGGAUUACCUGUCAGGGCGCCACAAGGACACCCGCAGGAAUUCCAGGCUGGCUUUCUAUUACGACCUGGACAAGCAAACGCGCUCUGUGGAAAGGCACAUCCGGAAGAUGGAGUUUCACAUCAGCAAGGUGGACGAACUCUACGAGGGCUACUGCAUCCAGUGCCGCCUGCGCGACGGGGCCUCCAACAUGCAGAGGGCCUUCUCCAGGUGCCCGCCCAGCCGUGCCUCCCGGGAGAGCCUGCAGGAGCUGGGCCGCAGCCUGCAGGAGUGCACCGAGGACAUGUGGCUUAUCGAGGGGGCCCUGGAGGUUCACCUGGGAGAGUUCCACAUCAGGAUGAAAGGCUUCGUGGGCUAUGCACGCCUCUGUCCCGGAGACCAGUACGAGGUGCUCAUGCGCCUGGGCCGCCAGCGCUGGAAGCUGAAGGGCCGGAUCGAGUCUGACGACAGCCAGACCUGGGAGGAGGAGGAGAAGGUUUUCAUCCCCACGCUGCACGAGAACUUCGAGAUCAAGGUGACAGAGCUGAGGGGCCUGAGUUCACUGGCCGUGGGCACAGUGACCUGCGACAUCACUGACUUCUUCACGACCAGGCCGCAGGUGAUCGUGGUGGACAUCACAGAGCUGGGCACCAUCAAGCUACAGCUGGAGGUGCUGUGGAACCCGUUUGACACCGAGAGCUUCCUGGUGUCGCCCAGCCCUACGGGCAAGUUCUCCAUGGGCAGCAGAAAGGGCUCCUUGUACAACUGGACACCCCCAAGCACGCCCAGCUUCCGAGAGAGGUACUACCUGUCUGUCCUGCAGCGGCCAGCGCAGCAGGCUUUGCUCCUGGGUGGGCCAAAGGCCCCUUCCAUCCUCGGCUACCUGUCCGACAGCGACCUUCGGGGGUCCGGCCUGCGGAGCCAGAGUCAGGAGCUGCCCGAGAUGGACUCUUUCAGCUCUGAGGACCCCCGAGACACUGAGACCAGCACAUCAGCAUCCACCUCAGACGUGGGGCUCCUGCCCGUGGCCAUUGGCCCCAACACCUCCAUCGAAGAGGAGGCCCAGGAGGACCCCCAAUCCCUGGGCCUCCUGCCAGAGAUGGCCCACCUGGUGGGAGGCUCAUUUGUGGAGCAGCCUGGCUGGAGGAAUUUGGGAAUAGAGGCCCCCAGCCUGCCACGGGGCUCCCCAUUCCACAACCAUACAGUCCCGGGUAGCCAGAAAGACGAUGACGAAGGAGAAGCCGAGGACGGAGCGGAUGGGCCUGGGGUGACCCUCGAGAGGCCGCUGCAAGAGGUUCUGGAUUUACUGAGGUCCAUGGAUACUGCCCAGCCCCAGCUCCGGGAGCUGGAGUACCAGGUUCUCGGCUGCAGGGACCGGCUGCAGCCCCGUGGCGCCCGCCAGGAGCACGCCUCUUCCGAGAGCCUGAUGGAGUGCAUCCUGGAGAGCUUCGCCUUCCUCAAUGCUGACCUCGCCCCGCAGGAGCUGUCCCUGUGUGGGGGCUGCCAGGGUCCCAGAAAGGACAGGAGCCCGCCCCCGCUGCCACCACGGACAGCAUCCCCUCGGGAGCUGACGGCCGGCACCCCGGAGCUGGACAUGUUGCUCACCGUCCACCUCCAUGUCUGCAAAACUCUGCUGCAGAAACUUGCCUCUCCUAACCUGUCGAGGAUGGUCCAGGAAUGCCUUCUGGAAGAAGCCGUGCAGCAAAAGCAGGUUCUGGAGAUGCUCUCUGUGCUGGAUUUUGAGAAGGUCAGCAAGGCAGCAUCCAUUGAGGAAAUUGUCCCCCAGGCCACACGGAGGAAGGGGUGCCUGAAGCUGUGGAGAGGGUGCACUGAGCCCGGCAGGGUCCUGUCCUGUUCCGGCACGACGCUGCUGAACCAACUCAAGAAGACGUUUCUGCACAGAGUCCGAGGGAAAUACCCGGGACAACUGGAAAUAGCAUGCCGAAGGCUCCUGGAGCAGGUGGUCAGCUGUGGUGGGUUGCUCCCCGGAGCCGGGCUCCCCGAAGAACAGACGGUCACCUGGUUCCAGUUUCACAGCUACCUGCAGAGGCAGGGGGUGUCUGACCUAGAGAAGCACUUUGCCCAGCUCACCAAAGAAGUAACACUUGCCGAGGAGCUGCAGUGUGCGGGGCAAGUCAAGACGAUCAGGAAGCUGCAGGGGAAGCGGCUGGGCCAGCUCCAGCCCCUGCCCCAGACGCUGCGGGCCUGGGCGCUGCUGCAGCUGGAUGGGACCCCCCGGGUGUGCAGGGCGGCUAGUGCUCGCCUGGCCAGCGCGGCACGGAACCAGAGCUUUCGGGAGAAGGCUCUGGUCUUCUAUACCAACGCCCUGAUGGAGAACGAUGGGAAACUCCAGCAGGCCGCGUGUGUGGCGCUAAAACACCUCAGGGGCAUUGAAAGCAUCGAUCAGAUCGCCAGCCUGUGCCAGUCAGACCUGGAGGCCGUGCGAACAGCAGCCCGGGAAGCCACGCUGUCAUUCGGGGAGAAAGGACGCUCAGCUUUUGAGAAGAUGGACAAACUCUGCUUGGAACCAAGAGGAGAAGCCUUUUGCCAGGAAGCGGAUAUUGAAAUCACUGUAUUUUAAGAAGCCUCAGCUGGCACCUUUGUUUUUGCUGCUGCCUUGCCUUGACCCAGGGCCAGAGCUGUGGGUGGGGGUAUGCUCUGUGCUCCCUCAGUCCCCAGACCAGUCACGCAGCCCAGGGGUACAAAUGGGACGUGUGGCACUUUGAAGGCUGUUGGACUUGAGUCAAACGACCAGCUUUCAGUUUUGAGAAUGUGUCUGACCUUCCCUGGCCAGCUGCACCCCGAAGGGGCCAAGGCCAGGCGGGUUGAGGCCUGGAAUCAAAGUCUCCCUGCCGGUUGGCCUGCUCAGCACUGCUGGUUGAAUAAAGACGGGCAGUGAAGAGACAAGCGGGCUGACUGACCUUGCUAAAGAGGACGCAGUGGGUCAUUUCCAUGGCAGCAAGCCGUCAUCUUGGCAAGCCAGGCAAGGUGGGAAGACAGAGCCAGGGUUUCCAUGAUUCAUGAUCUUAACCCAAGCAGUAGUCCAAACGCCCCCGUGGAGCCUGGUGGCGGCCUGCAGACCGUGGACCUUAUCGUCACUGUGUUCAACAGCACAAGGAAGAAAACGUCAUUGGCCAGGAAACCUUGUGUCGUGUCAGUAAAAGCAUCCACCGUGACCUCAUCAAAAUGGAAUCGAACUUUUAAACGGAAGUCAACUUAGGGCCGAUUAGAUAAAUUGUGUCAGAAGCCAUCAGCCAGUUUGAAGAAAGAUUUCACUGAAGAAUAUAUUUAAAGAAAGAAGAUUCGUUUCUUAUUUAAGUCUGUUAAAAAAAAAACAAAACCCUCAAAUGUGUCCUGAACUGUUUUUGUGUUGAGCCGUAGAGACAACCUGGGGUACGUGACUCCUGACAAUGGCAUUGGGGAUUCUGGACUCUUCAACCUUCUCAUGUAAACUUCCUGUAUAUAUUCUGUGCUUUUCGGUUUAACUUCGUAUUUAUUUGCCUUGUUCCUAUGUUCAGUUUUUUGAAUUUCAAUUAAAAUGAAUUUUAUUGGUGUCUCACUUUA